AUGAGAAACACUGAAAACGUCAGCUAUCCGGAGAACAACAUCACGUAUCAGGAGAUCCCGCCCCUCGGCGCGGAGGCGUGGGUCGUGCCCGUGCUGUUCGUCCUGAUCGGGGUUGUCGGGGUGGGCGCCAACGGGCUCGUCAUCUACGUCAGCAACAAGUUCAAGGAGCUGAAGACCGCAACCAACCGCUACAUCGUGAGCCUGGCGGUGACGGACUUGUCCUUUCUGCUUGUCUGCGCUCCCUUCACCGCUUCGCUCUUCGCGACCACCAGCUGGGCUCUGGGCAAGUCUAUGUGCAAGUUCGUCUUCUACUUCAUGCAGGUGACGGUGAAGGCGAUGUGUCUGACCAGGUGCGCCCUGACUGUUGACCGGUACGUCGCUAUCGUCCAUCCCAUCGCCUCCAUCAGCUACCGGACCCCGCGGUUCGCAGUCGCCGUCAGCGCGUGCAUCUGGAUCGUCACUCUGACGAUGUCGGCCCCCGUCGCGGUUCAAUGUAGGGUGAUAUAUAUGAUGUAUAUGGCAUCCUUCACCCCUCUCAAGAAAUACAGCAACAAGUAACUAGUUUGACGCUUGUUUCCCCUGCAGCGGUGGCCCUCUCACGCCGGGCAGAUCACCUACUGGAUCGCCACUGUUCUGCUGACUUACGCGCUCCCUCUAGCGGUGGGAAUCUGGAGCUGCAUCGCCGUGGUGGAGAAGCUCUGGGGGCGCAACGCCGUGGACGUGAGCGCCGGCUCACAGAUCAGGAAACGGAUCCUCAUGAAGAGAAGGAAGGUGUGCCUGAUGAUCACCAUCAUGGUGUUGGUGUUUGCGCUCUGCUGGCUGCCGACCCAAAUACUGCUCCUCUGGCAGGAAGACUUCCCCUUCACUCUGGUGACGUUCUCGUGGAAGAUCGUGGCCCUGAUUCUGACCUACCUGCAGUCUGCCAUCAGUCCCAUCGUCUACAUCACCUUCGGACGGAUCUUCCGCAAAAAGAUGAAACAGGCCUUCCCUCGGCUGUUCCGGUAA